AUGGUGUUGAUGCAGGCAAGAGAACACAGUGGCAGUUCUUUUAAUGGCAAAGAGCUGAAGACUCUCAUCGCGUGGAAGCUUGGCCGACCUUGUCCGUCCAAAAUAUCCACGGUGGCACAAAGGGUGGCAAUGUGGGAAAAGGUCAAGAACAAUGUUGUUGCUCCAGUCGUCCGAUGGACACAGCAGGAUGAUGCAGAGCUGAGUCGACUGCGUGACUGUAUUGAAAAUGUUUCGAUCGAAGAAACUGAGCUUGGAAGGCAGCGGCAGCGGAUGCAGCAGGACGCCAUGACAGUUGUGAGAGGGAUGUCAGCAGAGGAAAGAGAGUCUUUUAUGCAACUACUGGAGGAAGACGAAACAUCAGCGACUGCAGAAACAACCGACAGAACCGCCGACGAUGGUGCCGACGAUGGUUUGGAGGCAGAGAGUGACAGUGGAAGCGGCUGA